AUGGAUCGCCCGGUGACAUCCAAGUCGCGGGGAAUCUGUCGGUACUACAACACCUCCAGGGGCUGCUACGCUGGUGACGAUUGCAAGUUCCUCCACGGUGCUGAGGAAAAACUUACCCCAUACGACAAAUCUAAGGUGUGCAGAUACUAUAUCCAAGGCAAGCAAGAUGUAUGUUGGUUUCGCCAUGAGCUCGUAAAGGCCCCCCUUGAUGAAGAGCUGAAGCAUUUCGAUGAAAAUAUGUGUAACAUAUGCUUGGAGAAACCUUUGACAUACGGUCUUUUGACAGGCUGCGGUCAUGUAUUCUGUCUUCAGUGCAUCCGCCAGUGGCGGGAGCCGCAAGGAAAGUCAUCGGACAUGGUGAUGUCAGGCGUAAUAAAACGCUGUCCACUCUGCCGCAGUCCAUCGCGUUUCAUCACUCCAUCCACGCAUUUCUUCCCUCAGGACCACCCACGCAAGCAGGACAUGAUAGAUAGUUACAAGAAUAGCAUGGCUCGUGUCUCAUGCAAAUACUUCGUGGAAACAUCGGCCUCGGGCAAGCCUUGUUGUCCAUUCGGCCUCGAUUGCUUCUAUCAGCAUCUCAAUCCCGAUGGUACACCGCACGUUUUUCAAUACGGGGCAAAUCACUUCAUGAAGGUAUUCAGGAGACAACAACGGCAGCGUGGCCGCACAUUUACCGGGUCGGCUUCAGAUGCAGAUUUCUCAGACCGCCUUAGGCUUCUGCAGAGCAUCCUCGGGGACCCAACGAAUAAUCUCCACGUCACCCUCAGCUUCGUCCGACAACACCUUCCAGCGUUAUGGAAUGGCAUGGAUGCGGGAUCUGGUGCAACCACAGAUACUCCUAUGGGUGAUGACGAUGAAGACAAUCAGUCCUUUGAAUUACCGGUGAGCCACUUUUAG